UAGUACUGGACGAGACCCACUGCCCUUUUGUUCCAAUUUCAAUAUUUUUUUGACUUUGUCCGCAAAAAGCUAUCCGCUAAGGCGUGAGUCCGCAGAUGUCAUAGUUCCUUAUUUAAAGAUCUGUGAUGGGUACUGUAUCUCCAAAUUGGGUACUGUCUUCUGGAUUUUAUAACCUUACAAGACCCCCUGCCCUAAUUUCAAUAGGUUCUGGAUUAAUCCGCAAAAGUCAAUCCGCAAAUGAUCAAAAAUGUCCGCAAAUAAUUUAAAUUCUCCGCAAUUACCGCAAUACUAUAGCAAUACCUUAUCUAAAUUUUAGGCUUAAAAAUGACCUUUUCUUUGUCUCUAAUUUCCCUAUUUUUCCUUUUUAUCAAUUCCCCUCUAAAUUCUGCCCAAUAUUUGCAACAAGCCUGGCAAACUCCGUCAAAUGGCCAUUUAGCCUCUACAUAUUCUUCACCUCCCUUUGAUCGUUGCUGUUUCUGUUGUUGUUUUUGCCCUGUUCCGUUUACACAAGUAUGGCAACAACAACAGCCUUUUCCUGGAGACAAUAAGUUUCCUCCUUCUCAAGGGUAUGGACAGAGUCCGCAAAUGCAUCCAUACCAAGCAUCUAAUGCGGGUUACCACAGCCAGCAACCCAACCAAAUGGGAGGUGAACAUACAGGAAGUUCAAUGCAACAAAAUAAAUAUCCACCGUCCAUGCAAGCAGCAAGAAUUGCUGGGAGUCCGACAGCCGGGUAUUGGCCUUCUUUGAGUGAAUCAAAUCCUGAACAUGGGCAACAAAAACAGUCAACAGAAAGUAGUGAUUUUUGGCAGAAUUUUCAAGGAAUGGAUCAUCCGAAUCAGAACAUGGUAGGGACGAAAUGGUCCACGACUAAAUGUCUAAACGACCAAGUGUCCAAAUGUUAG